AUGGCCACUGCUUACCUUAUUCGAAAUGGUGUCAUGGACAGCACUGAGGAAUGUAAAUGUGUGUGGGGCAAAUGUGUCAAGAGUGAUGUCAAACAAGGAUUGUACGAAGGAGUAGAACACUAUGCUCGCGUGUGCUCGUCGAUUGUUGCUUGCGCUGCAGAGCAGGAAGAAGAACGUGAAUACAUGGAAUUAUUGAAGAAGUCGUUCAGCAUUGGUCAACAAUGCGGAAGCGCGAAUGCGAAUGCAAAAAGGAAGAGGAACGUGAAAAAAAGGAGGAUAACGAAGGAGAGGCAACGCAAGCAGCAGAACGAGGAGCAGAAGGGAUGGAAGGGAGACAAGAAGUUGGGAGGAGAGGGAUGA